AAUCCGAAUCAGAGCGUGGGAGAGGAUGGAUGGGAAAUCAGAAGAAACAAAACCACCGGGAAAGCACAAGUCAAACCAGUUGAAAUUCCUCCCUCCAAAUUACGAUAUAUCUCUCUCCCCUCCUCUCACUCACGCAUUCCCAAGUCUUCCCCUUCGCAAUCAACUCCCCCUCUUACUACUUACUUACGCAUACCGCUCUCGGAUAUUUUUCCUUCUCUGCUUCUUUCCGGAUUCCCCGCUUUCCAUCCUGGUGUUCCCAAACUACGAUGCCACAGGUGGAUUUAGAAACACUCGUUUCAGCAUGCGCUGGUGGAUCCAGCUGCGACCGCAAGAUCGCCUGUGAGACACUCGCCGACCACGAUGACCCCUCCUGCGAAGCUGAUCAGCCUCAGCGCAACCCUGAUUCGCCGCCCGAAGCAAUCUGGCUGUCCAGAGAUGAGGAGUACGACUGGUGGGACCGGAACGCUGUCUAUGAGCGGAAGGAAUCCACCAAGGGCAACUCCAAUUCCACCAACUUGAACCCCAAUCCCAACUCCAAUUCUCAGCGCUUCUCUUCCAGUUUUGCGUCCAAGGCUUCCAUCAUUGGAUUGCCUAAGCCUCAGAAAACGUCUUUAUACGUGGACGCCAAGAACCGCCGAAGCCACAAGCCGGGCAACGUAAGAUUGUUUCCGAAACGGAGUGCAUCGGUUGGAAAAUCGGAAUCAGCGGUGAUCGAACCGUCGUCGCCCAAGGUGUCCUGUAUGGGAAGAGUGAAAUCCAAGAGGGAUCGGAACCGCAGGUUUAGGAAUCGCCAAAGGCCUUCCUCUGAAACAGCCGCAGCGCAGGAAAAACCGGCCUGGAGCGGGAAGCGAAAAUAUGGAUUCUUGGAACGUUUCCGGGCUAUCUUCCGCUCCAAUCGCAAAGACAAUCCGGUCCAGAAGUCCGAUCUUAAACAGGUGGAUUUGUCUCCGCGAAGCGAGAGCAAGAACACAGAGUCGCGCGAUAAGACGGCAAGCGGUCAAGAGGCAUCGUUGGCGGAGGGGAUCCCAAGAAAGAGUGCAUCGGAGAGUGAACCCCCCGGUUUGGGCGGGAUGAUGCGGUUCGCGUCAGGGAGGCGGUCUGAGUCUUGGGGAUUGGGUGGUUCUGAAAUCCACGCCACAUAUGACUGGCCACGGUAACUACUCCGGCGACCGCUACGGGUGGGCCAGCUGGCGCAAGAAGUUGGUGCAUUGCGCGGGCCACGACUCAUUUUGCGGGCCCAACUCAUUUUAAACAGUCAUUGCAGUGACGUGGCACAUUGAAUAACGGUAUAAACUGUUUUCCAUUUCCCGCUACAAGGUGAAUUUUUAAGCUUUCUACUGUCUUACAAUUUGCAUUUUUUUUUUCCCUCCUCUGGCCACACCAAACAGCGCUCCUUAUUUUACUCCCUCUGUUUCUGCGAUGAAGUUUUGUAAAUACAAACGAGUGUUUUUGAAGUGGGCAGUUGUAAAUUUUCUGUGGGCAGUUUCAUUGAUAAGGACCACCCUUCAUACUGUGCUUGCC